CCCGCUGCCCACCAUCCCCCCAUCAAAAAUUCGCUCCACAACUCCAAUACUCCUCCUCCUCCUCCUACCCUCCAUCCAUCCUACAACCUCCCACCCUUCGAUCGUCUCUUCUACCCCAACCACACAACAAUUACGUACUUUACGACCUCUCACUCGUUACCUCUUACUCUUCUACAUCCUACGUCUUUUUAUUACCUUCUCCUUUCUUCAAUUCCAUCGAUUCGACUCGGCUCAAUCAACAAGUCCACGUCCAAGAAGCGCGGGUUGACUUUGCGACGCGACAAAACCACACCUCACAAUCAGUCCAGACCAACAACCGAAAACUGCGCGAUUGUUUGUCAACUCACCAAAUCACGUCGGAUUAUGCUAUAAGAUAUUACAUUCAAGUCGCGUCAAUCUUCAAUUUCUCAAUCCGUCGCGAUAUUUUCCGGAACCGCUCGUUGAACGCGCUUGCUGCUCCCAGCAUUCCAGGGCCUGCCGCGACCAGAACUCAAGGACCCUUUUGGUCUCAUUCGAAGCGCUCGCCGUGGUCCCCCAACCUCGCCAUUUUUCACACCCACCAAAAAUACCGACCUCGACAUAUCCGAACCUGCAUAUCACGGGUCUUUUGUCUUGUAUGUUGCACUGCGACCGCUAACGGAUUGCGCACGAGACAUUCUGCAUUCCUGUCCAUGCCACUGCGCUGACCGUGGUCGACGCCGGAUCGGUUGCGGCGACCGCCAUUGGAGGUCGUGACCUCACUUGGACCCCAACGAUCCUGAAUGACCUCGUACGACGGCGCAUAUACAGCCUCUCAAUUUUAAUACUGGCGCAUCUCUUCAAUUCGAUAACCUUUGUCAUAUUACGAACAAGUUUCUCCCGCCACCUAUACAAAUCUACACUUCAAUCUCACCAACCUCUAUUCCCAACCUUCUACCUUUUCCCGAAAGCGACCAUCUACCACAAUCGAACAUGAUGCUUCCAUCAGAAGUGUCUGCGCUCUCGCGGAACUCCCGCUACUGUACCCCAGAGCCAACGGCUAUGGCCGAGCUCCCAGAGCCAUCGGCGCCUCGCGCACAGCCUAGAUUGAGAAUUAAGCGCCGCAACAUCUCACACGCUGCUGGACCAACCGAUGCCUUCCUUGCCUCUGUGGCUGCAGCAGAUGUGCCGAUCCCCUCGAUCGAGUUCCCAGAUGCAGCUGGAGACUGUGAAAUGGUCGAUGCUGGUGCCGCGCAGGGUUGCCUAUCCCCACUGGCCCGUCCGUCGCCUCCAAAGACCCCGAUGCCAGGACAGUCAAGCCCAUAUCACGGCGAUGGCUACAGAAGGACAGACUGGUAUGCUUCUACACCAGGCACCCCAGACAGGCCUUCAUCCUCUCACUCCGAUCCGUCGAACUGGUCGGAUGACUCCUACUUCAGUGGCAACAACACCAUGCGCUCCAAUGGCACGAUCUGCACCAGCCCAGAUAGCGAGAUGGGAGAUCCAUUUAUCUCAGCGCCCCAAAAGGAGGCCAAGAACAAGCACACCUUGACUUAUAACGAAGUCUACGAUGCGACAAGUGAUCAAUAUUCUCAAGUUCGCGGCAAGAAGUAUGUCGAGAGCCGCUGGACCAAGGACCAAAGCGAUCACCUCCUGCGCACAUACCAUAUCUACCUCCAAGAUCCCACAGUUACACCCUUCCGCAUGGAGAAUAGCCGCAUUCCACCUGAAGGCAUUGUGCGCCGCGUCUCCAAGGAGGCCAAGAGGAGCUGGAAAGGCCCGAAACCCAAGAAGCAAUCCAAGCUCGAAAAGGGCAAGGAGCGCCAAUACCCCGGCUCGAACCUGACUGUUGAGUCAGCUUACCUGGCGCCGUUAAACUCGGACGCCAUGGACUUUGCGCGCGGCCGCAGCCCAACACCUACUGGUGAUGCGCCAAAGGCUUAUAUUAAGUGGGCCCACUCUGGAGCCGCAACGCGCAGCCACCUCCGCCAGCUGUGCAAGUACAACUAUGACCAGUCGGCACAGAUGUACAUGUACCUCCAAGGUCGCGCUACCACCCCCUUCUCUCACCGCGAAGACCCCUCUACCACCUACCUCCUUGGAGAGGCUCGCGCCCCCGCAGACACCCAACCUUUCUCCACCAAAUCCAUCGCGCUCUCCCUUGCCACCAGCGCCUCGGAAACCAUGCAGCCCGGCGGACCCCUUGCGCGCCUCGCCCUGUCCCCACCCCUCAACACCACGACAAGCAUUAGGGACUUCGCAACCCCACCCACUCGCCGCCUCGGCUCCCCCUUCGCCGCGAAGACCUACGGCCCGCAAUCCUCGCGCCCUCUCCUUCCCCCUCCAUCCUCCAAAUCCCUCGCCUCUACCCUUCGCCCCUCAACCUUAACAGGCACGCAAAAGCGCCGCGCCAUGCACGACCCCGAAGACGCCCGUUCCUCCCGUCCCUCCAUCCUCUCAGCGAACUUCUUUGGACCCCCAACAGAGCCCACAGCCGAGAGCCAGCAGGAGAACGACCAGCGCCGUGUCCGCAGCCGCGGAUACACCGUCAACGAUGCCUCGGUCCGCAGCCGCGACUACGCCCUCUUUGCCCCGCGCUCGAUCAACUUCGCAUCUCCAGCAAACGAUGUCUUCGGCCCCGAGCCCUCUCCCGGCCCAACCUCGCGCACACACUCGCGCACACAAUCAGAGCGUAGCUCAUGGUCACGUGUUGCUGGUGCUGCGGCGCUAUUGCCACCGCCGGUGUUCAGACUCAAUGGCACGGGAAGGCAGGAGAAUAGCACGUUCCCCCGCCGCGCGCAUGGGGUGACUGAAAUGGAUGUUGUGGGUGGGGUGAGGUGGAGCACUUUCCAGAAUACGGGCAGGCAGGUGAGGCAUUCGAUUGAGUCGUUUGACUUCGCGCCGAGUCCGAUGAGGGCGAGGCUUGAGGAGAUGAGCGAACGGAUCGAUGCGAGGGAUCGGAGUCUUUGAGUCCCAAGCCACAAAGAAGUGUGUGCUGUUGGAUGGAUUGUGGGAUAUGUUUUACUCUUGAUACGAAUGAAUGACCCAACAACGGUGGCGUUCUAAUAGGGCACGCAUUACGACGAUAGCCCCGGAUACUAUUUUCCAUUUUAUUACCUUUUCUUUACUUUAUUCCUCCCGUCGACACCCGUCUACGAAGCCACAGAACGAGCUGCCCAGCGCCCCUGCAGACUCGGAACGCGACAGACGCGGCGGCGGAGAGUUUUUUUUUUACGCAUACGAACUACCUACCCACCUACCUACACGCAAAACAGCAUCGCGAAGGAUUUUGCGCGCAUUGCAUUGUACCGGCGUUCAGCAUUGUGCUUCCCCCCCACCGCACUCACCUUCUUCCACACCACCCAAAGAUGUCACAACAAUUCUUCACUUCUCCUUUUUUCGACAUCUGAGGGCGGUGCUGAUGAGGAGGACUGGCGGGAUGGAGGAGGGAAGCAUUGAGAAAAAGGAGAACCGAUGAUUUUAUUUUUGCAUGAGACGGACGCACCGAGACGAACGAGAAUAUGUGACGACUAGAUGACCACCACCAUAACAACAACAACCAUGCUACGACUGAAACGAACUAUGAAUAAGCUAUACUUCCAACACUGGACCCAUUUUCUUCUUUUUUUUUGUUCUUCUUCUUUGCCGACUGGGAUGGUCGGUCGGCUGUUUUAUGGGGAUUGUUUUGGCGGGGGGUUUGUUGUGGUUUUUUUUUCGGAUGGGGAGGUUAGGUUUGGGGGGAUUGAUGACGAUUAUGAGGGAUGAGGUGUUGUGGAUAGAUACUGCGAUGAUAUUGGGGGAUUAGAACUUGCUGUGAGGGGGUGCUUGCUCGAGGAUGGAUAGAGAUGGGGGGUAAUGAAUGGUGUGGAG